GCGCCGGCCCGGCGCUCGGGUACUUCCGCCUCCCCCGAGGGCCGAGCCGGCCGGCGCCCGGCGCAAUGGGCAAGAAGGGCAAGAAGGAGAAGAAGGGCCGCGGGGCGGAGAAGACGGCGGCCAAGAUGGAGAAGAAAGUGUCCAAGCGCUCGCGGAAGGAGGAGGAGGACCUGGAAGCCCUCAUCGCCCACUUCCAGACCCUCGACGCCAGGAAGACCCAGGUGGUGGAGACGCCCUGCCCGCCGCCCUCGCCCCGGUUGAACGCCUCCCUCUCAGCUCAUCCUGAGAAAGACGAACUGAUCCUCUUUGGAGGUGAAUAUUUCAAUGGCCAAAAAACGCUGCUCUACAAUGAGCUUUACAUCUACAACAUCAAGAAGGACGCUUGGACCAAAGUCGACAUCCCUGGCCCACCCCCACGGCGCUGUGCGCACCAGGCUGUGAUGGUGCCUCAAGGAGGUGGGCAACUGUGGGUCUUCGGUGGGGAGUUUGCGUCCCCCGACGGGGAGCAGUUUUACCACUACAAGGACCUCUGGGUCCUGCACCUGGCCACCAAGACCUGGGAGCAAGUCAAGGCCACAGGGGGUCCUUCGGGCCGGAGUGGACAUCGGAUGGUGGCCUGGAGGAGGCACCUUCUGCUCUUCGGGGGCUUCCAUGAAAGUGCAAGGGACUACAUCUACUACAAUGACGUGUACGCCUUUAACCGGGACUCAUUCACGUGGUGCAAGCUGUGCCCAUCAGGAACUGGGCCCUCGCCCAGGUCGGGCUGCCAGAUGUCUGUCACGCCCCAGGGUGGCAUUGUCAUUUAUGGGGGCUACUCGAAGCAGAGAGUCAAGAAGGAUGUGGACAAGGGCACCCAGCACUCGGACAUGUUCCUGCUCAGGCCAGAGGAUGGCAAGGAAGGCAAGUGGCUCUGGAGCCGCAUCCACCCUUCUGGAGUCAAGCCGAGCCCCAGGUCCGGCUUCUCGGUGGCCGUGGCCCCAAACCAGCAGACGCUGCUCUUUGGCGGGGUGUGUGACGAGGAGGAGGAAGAGCGCCUCGAAGGCAACUUCUUCAAUGAUCUGCACUUCUAUGACGCCAACAGGAACCGCUGGUUCGCGGGGCAGCUGAAGGGCCCCAAGUCGGACAGGAGGAGGCUGAGGCGGGGCAGAAAAGAGGCCCUGGAAGGUGCCUGUGAGCCCACGCACGGGGGCACCAGCGCCCCGCAGCCUCUGGAGGUGGUCAGAGAGGUGGUGGCCGAGGACGGGACUGUGAUCACCAUCAAGCAGAGGCUCCCGGCCCCAGCUCCAGUGGCGCAGCCCCAGGAGGAGGACGAGGACAGUGCUGAGGGAGCCGGUGGCCCUGAGGUUGGGCCCAGCCCACGCUCCCACGCUAUGCUGGCAGUGAAGCAUGGCACACUCUAUCUCUACGGGGGCAUGUUUGAGGCUGGUGAUCGCCAGGUCACCCUCGGGGACCUGUACUGCCUGGACCUGCACCGGAUGGAGGAAUGGAAGGUCCUGGUGGCCCUGGACCCUGACACUCAGGAGUGGCUGGAGGAAACGGACUCAGACGGGGACAGCGAGGAAGCCGAGAGCUCCGAGGACUCAGAGGAGGACAGCGGGGAGGAGGAGGAAGAGCCUCGGCACGCAGAGGUGGCGCCAGAGAGAGAGCACGCACUGCACGGGGCCCGGCCCCCAGCGCCCUGCCCAGGACUCGGCACUGCCAGGUGAAGGUCACCGGGGAGCAGCGGUGGCAGAACAGCGUGGCGGCAGGUUGCCGGGCUGUCCCUGGGUCCCCUUCCUUUCCUCUGGCCGUGCGCGGCACGCGUGGCCCUCGUGUAAUAAAGCCGGCUUUCUGGGCCUCG